AUGGACCAGCUAGAUCCGAGCCUUGUUCAGCGCGUCAACACGAAGGUCUCGGCCGUCGUUGAGAGGUAUCUGCUCGACGACCAGGACGUAAGGCCUAAGAACACGCGUAAGGCAUACGGACCAAAGCAGGCCGAGUGGAUGAGAUCCCGCCUGGUUGGCCGGCGCAGUACCAGAUAG